AUUUAACAUAUAUACAUUGAUAAUGCCAAAUAUAUUUACACUAUAAAUGUGCUUUAAUCUGUCGUAGCAAGUACCAUGUCCUCUUUUCCAGGUAACUAAUCUUAUUUUUUAAAGAUGGUUACCUUUUUCUAGGUUUCUUAUCUAUUUUUUAUAGGUGGUCACUUAUAUUUAUCUUUUGUAUGACCUGAUAGUAUAAAAUUAUUUUAUGUUGUGAGUGUACACAAGUUAAACUCUUUCUUUUUCAACCCCUCCCAUGCUAUAUUACCUACUUCUCUCUUCUUUCCACCUGCUCAAUUUGUUUAGAAACUUUUAUUGCUCAACUCUAAGUCACUCUUAUCCUUAUCUUAGAACUCCAUUCCACCCCUCAAAAGAAAUAACAAAAAGAAGUUCCAAACCUCUAAUGCCAUGUUUGCACUUCAAGUAAUGUGUUAUAUGUACCAAAACAUCAUAUUUUUUUAGCUUGUUCUUGCUUCCCAAAGACCAGAUAAAGCAACAUGAAAUGUGUAUUUGAUCUUUCAACUUGUUUUUUUCUAGCAACCUAGCACCCAAGGCACCAACCUAGCCUCCAUCCUUUUUUCUUCAUUUCAAGGAACCAUAGUCUUCAUUUUUCCUUUAUGGACUCCUUCAAGCAAACAUCAACAGGUUUUCUAUACAACCCUGAUUUAAGUACUGAUUCAGAAUCUGAACUAUCUGGAAUUCUUGAAAUUCAUGUUCACCAUGCUAGGAACAUUCACAACAUCUGCAUCUAUGACAACCAAGAUGUAUAUGCCAAAUUUUCCCUUACUUACAAUCCUGAUGAAGCCAUAUCAACAAGGAUCAUUAAUGGUGGUGGAAAAAAUCCAGAUUUCAAUGAAGAUUUGGCCAUGAAAGUUUCCCAAGUUGAUUCCAUCCUCAAAUGUGAAAUCUGGAUGCUCAGUAGAGCCAAAGCCUUAAUGGAAGAUCAACUCUUGGGAUUUGUUUUAGUUCCUGUUUCUUCAGUUGUUGGCAAAGGAAAAAUCACUCAAGAUUUUAGCCUUUCUUCCACUGAUUUAUUUCAUUCCCCUGCUGGUAUAGUCAAAUUGUCCCUUUUCUUGAAUACCAACAACCUCAUUUCAGUAUCCAACAAUCCUUCUUGUUCACCAUCAUCUUCUUCUUCUAUAAGUUCAGAAGUUGUGUUACUAGACAGAAAUACAUCUUCUCAGAUUGUUCUUGAUCCAGUUGAGUAUUCAAGAAUAGAAUUCCCAGAGAUCAGUUUAGUUAAAGAGAAUCAAGAAAUGGUUUCCCAAUAUUUUGACUUAGGUGGUUCAUUUCUCCAACUUGCUGCAUUUCACAGUCAUCAAGAUGAUCAACAACAGCAGCCAGAAAAUGACUAUGAAAUGACUGCAACUAAUCCAUCAGAAGAGGAAGAAGAAGAUGAUGAUGAUGAACUUGCUGAUGAUCAUGACUCAAAUAUUUCUCCCAAAGAAAGCAUUCAAAAUUCUUGGUUCCUUAGCUCCUCAAUGACAAGUUCAGCAGGUUCCUCACCAGAUAAAAUGAUCGAUAACAAAAAGGACUCAAUUAAGAAAGAAGAUGAAGAAAGGAAAGAACCCCAUGUGGUUUUUUCAGCUCCAUUAGGGAAUAUGAUCAAGAUUGAUGCAGAACAGUCAGCUAUGCAGCAACAGAUAGUGGAUAUGUACAUGAGAAGUAUGCAGCAGUUUACUGAGUCAUUAGCAAAGAUGAAGCUGCCACUGGACUUGGAUAAAGCUGAUCAGAAAGAUCAUGGAAGCUCAUCAGAUAUGAACAAUAACAGGAAAGAAAAUUCAAGAGUGUUUUAUGGUAGCAGAGCCUUCUUUUGAACUAUGUCUGAUCAUGGUAUUCAAUACCUGGUUUUAGCUACUUUGGUCAAUUAUUCAUUUUUCCUGUUCUGUUUGGAGUGACAUAACAAAGGUAACUUUGUAAUAGUUAUUCCCACAUGAGAAUUGUUCUCAUUAGCCACAAUUCCAUAAACUUUUUAUUUUUAUUUUUAAGAUUAAGUGUUCUAUGUGAUUUUGAAGAACUUUUUCUCGAAUUGAGUUAUGUUUGUACAAGUGAAUUAUUCAUGAAGAUGAUAUCACCAUUAAAAAUUGUUUAAGGA